AUGCCUCAUCAUUCCCGCCACAGCCAGGCCUCGCCGCAGGUGGAGGUGCCUUCCGCCAUCACCAGCUAUGGGCAGGUGAUUGAGUACAUCCAAGGUACGUGUGUCCCCGAAUACGCACGCUGUUCACAUACAUCCUUCGCUCUGGCGCAGCAUCACUGACUGUGUCCACUCGUGGAUAUACAGACCGCCUGUAUCUCGCGUCGUACACCCAUCCGCCAGACGAGACUACGCCCUUCCCGUAUCCUCCCAAGCAAACUCGCUCUCCCGGUAAACGCUCCUCGCGAGCGCAAGGCGCCAGUGCAUCUGGCCCUCCACCCUAUUACUUCUGUGUCGACCAGAGCUUGCUGUACAAUGCCUUCUAUGCCGACUUUGGCCCUCUGCACAUUGGUCACCUCUAUCGAUUUGCCGUGCAGCUGCACGAAGUCUUGGGUCACCCAGACAACGAGAACCGGUCUGUCGUCUUCUGGAGCAACGCGGACGCGAAGAGUGUGUAUCACAAUGUGGACAAAAGUUUCCCAAGCCUAUGUGUACUGACCAUCAUCUCAAGGUCGAGCAAAUGCAGCAUGCAUCCUCGCGACAUACAUGGUCCUGAUCCAAAACUGGCCACCGCAUCUCGCGCUUGCUCCCAUUGCCCAAAUGGACCCACCAUGCAUGCCUUUCCGCGAUGCUGGCUACAGCCAGGCUGACUACUCGCUCACAAUCCAAGAUGUCGUCUACGGUGUCUGGAAAGCCAAAGAGGAGGGUCUCGUUGGUCUGAAGGAGUUCAGUCUGGAGGAGUAUGAGAAGUACGAGCGCGUGGACAUGGGAGACUUCAACUGGAUAUCUCCUGACUUCCUGGCAUUCGCGUCACCACAACACCAACCGACCCACGUCAUUACGCCAGGCGACCCGAUGUACUCGCAACUCCCACGUUCAGUGUCAGCUGUCAACCGGGACAAGUCUCUACCGACCCCCUUCAGGAACGUACUGACCCACUUCGCGCAACGUGGCAUUGGCUUGGUCGUACGAUUGAACUCUGAGCUAUAUUCACCGAGCUACUUCACUGCACUCGGCAUCAGGCAUCUGGACAUGAUCUUCGACGAUGGUACAUGCCCAACCCUGAACCUGGUGAGAAAGUUCGUGAACUUGGCACAUACAAUGAUCAACGACAAGCACAAGGGUAUCGCAGUGCACUGCAAGGCAGGUUUGGGUCGCACGGGCUGCCUCAUUGGUGCAUACUUGAUCUAUCGCCAUGGCUUCACCGCGAACGAGGUUAUAGCAUACAUGCGUUUCAUGCGGCCUGGCAUGGUCGUCGGCCCACAGCAGCAUUGGCUUCAUCUCAAUCAGGGUACCUUUCGCGAGUGGUGGUUUGAAGACACUAUGCGCGAAAAGAUCAUGGCUUCGAUGCAGCCAGCUACUCCGACAAGACUGCAGAACUCCAACAGACGUUUGGCGAGCAACGGCCAGACCUUUACGCCACCCAAUGGCGACCGCCACGCUGGAAGCCCACGUCGCGCACUCGGCGAGAUCACCAACAACGAGGGAGCAACAAGCCCGCAUGUUGCGUACAAUGCCAAUGACGAACGGAAGGGUAGCCUGGGGGUUGCCGACGAAAACUUGCCCGCGCCAACGCCCGGGCAGCCACGGAAGACCAAUAAGCUGUACGGAGGCCGUCGAAUCGUGACAGAAAAUCAGCCUUUCGGUUUGAAGCCCGACGGUGAAACGGUGUCUGCUCAACAAACGAGAGCGAGCGCCGAUCCCAGCGAGAUUGAGGGAGAACAAGCUGUGCGCAUGCUUUCACGCAAGGGCAGCAACUCUCCUGUGAGCCGCAGUGGCAAGCGUAGGGCGGUGUCAUGCACGACCACGACGACCACGACGACCAAAUGGGACGUACCGACCGAUAGCGACGCGGAGAAUCGUCCUGAGGUGAUCGACGAACAUGAUCUGCCCAAGAUGGAUCAGAGUGCCAGCCCCAGCCGGCCGCCAAAGACACCGAGCGCGAGGAGUGGUAGUGGUGUAGGGUCCCUGAGCGUGAGCAAGCGCUCCUCGCCAACUCGACGCAGCACAGAAGGCAAGACCAGCGUGCGCAAGACCAGUGGCCGCGUUGGCAGUGUGGGCACUCAGCGCUCGCAUAAGAGCUCUUGA